UAAAAAACAAAACAAAGAAAAAGGAAUAGAUAAAGCAUGCCUUGUCCGACUUCCUUAAGAAUAAGAAAGCAUCUUUCGCUUCCUUUUUUAGGUUCUUUUAUUCUUCCAGAGUAUAAAUACCAAAAACCCUUUGGAAGCUGAUUCCUCUCUUUGCUCCCCGGUCUCGCGCCUCUACAAGAUCCACAAAAACCCUAGAAACCGCCUAACAACCCCUACAAAGGGAGGUGAGAGAAAGAAAGAGCAACCAAAAAAAAGAAAAGCGAUUUGAACCAAAAAAAGAAAAAUUCACAUAAACAAGAUCAGAAAGAAGCACUCUCUUCUCUCUCACCUCUCUUAUUUUUUGGCGAUUCGAAUCUAAAAAACUCAGGUAAGAUAUCGGCAAUGGCAUCUGCAGAACAACAAGUCCCAACUGGAAUUACAGCUCCUACUGCCGAUGUUGUCGGUAAUGCCUUUGUUCAUCAAUACUACCUUAUCUUACAUCAAUCCCCUGCGCUGGUUCACCGAUUUUACCAUGAUAGCAGCAAACUUGGACGUCUUGAAGAAAAUGGUGUCAUGAGUAUCACAACAACUAUGCAGGCCAUUGAUGAGAAGAUACUCUCCCUUGGUUAUGGAGAAUUCACGGCAGAGAUAACAACUGUAGAUGCACAAGACUCUCACAAUGGGGGAGUACUUGUUCUUGUCACUGGGUAUUUAACUGGAAAGGAUAAAGUGAAGCGGAAGUUCACUCAGAGUUUCUUUUUGGCACCUCAAGACAAAGGCUAUUUUGUUCUAAAUGAUGUAUUUAGAUAUGUUGAUGAGGCCAAACAUCAAAGUGGGAGCCAGGACCCAGUUAAUAAUAUUGAAGCUUCUCUUACUCCGGAGCAGGAUCCUUAUCCUGCUCCAGAGAAUCGCAUUGAGCAACCACCUACAUUGCCAGAAGAAGCUAAUGGGCCAGAAGCGUACAAUCCUUCUGAUAAUGGAGAUGGUUCUAUCGAAGAAGAGGAAGCACCAGUGGCUGAGGUUGUUGAUGAGAUUCCUGAUGAUUCACAGAUGGUCGCCGACUCGAACUCCAAAAUCGAGGAAGUGCCAAAGAAAUCAUAUGCAUCUAUUGUGAAGGUUAUGAAGGAGAAUGCGGUUCCUUUAUCAGUCCCUACACAUUCCCCUGUGAAGUCUGCAGUUAAGAGCCAUGAACAACCUGGAACUACUUCACCACCUACUGCUCCAGUCCCAGCAUCUGACGCACAGAUAUCUAGCAACAAUGUUACAGAAAAUGGGAAUAACCAAGAUGUGGAAGCUGAGGGUCCCUCCAUUUACGUCAAAGGUCUGCCCUUGAAUGCUACACCCAGCAUGCUGGAGAAUGAGUUUAAGAAGUUUGGACCUAUUAAGACUGAUGGUAUUCAAGUUCGAAGUCAGAAGGGAUUCUGUUUUGGUUUUGUGGAAUUUGAAGUGGCAAGUUCUGUGCAAAGUGCUAUAGAGGCUUCACCUAUUAAUAUUGGUGGACGUAAAGCAGUUGUUGAAGAAAAGCGAUCUACCUCACGAGGGAACAAAGGUCGGACUUCAUCUGGUUCUGGGGCUGGAUACAGAAAUGAGGGAGCAAGAGGGCGUGGAAACUAUGGUGGUGGCAGGGGCUAUAGCCGUGGUGAGUUUGGUAAUCGGCCAGAGUAUGGAAACAGGAGCAACAAUCGAGGAGGAUAUUCCAACCGCGGAGGUGAUGGAUAUCAGAGGGGUGAGCACAUGGGGAGUAAUGGUGGCCGUGUGAACCGCUCUGGUGGACUAACUGUUAAUGCAGCAGCCAAAAACGUGGCACCAAGCGUAUCUGCCCCUGCUUGAAGAAAUUAAUCUUGUGGAGUGAUCAAAGAUAACUUUCGGUUUGUAGUGUAAUGAUUUAUGGAAUUGUUGCAUAGCGUUAGAGGAAAGCACUCAAUAUGCUUUGCAGUAGAGUUUAUCUGAGAUUUGUUUAUUAGGGUUUUCUCGUCCCCUUUGGUCCAUUUUCACUUUUAUAAUAUAUACUGAAAGGUUUUGGGUGGUGAUGGACAGUAGAUUAAAUUCUUGUUUACUAUAGGCUUCUGGGGACAUUCUAUUUUGGGAGAUCUUCCUUUAAUUGAUGGUUUUUGCCUUUGUUGCUUUUUGAACAGAAGAUGCAUCCGUAAC